AUGAAGGCCUCGGGCACACUGCGAGAGUACAAGGUGGUGGGGCGCUGCCUACCCACCCCCAAAUGUCACACUCCACCUCUGUAUUGCAUGCGAAUCUUUGCACCUAAUCACAUCGUCGCCAAGUCCCACUUCUGGUACUUUGUGCUCGCAGCUGAAAAAGAUGAAGAAGUUUUUGGGGAAAUUGUCUACUGUGGACAAGUGUUCAAGAAAUCCCCCUUGCAGGUGAAGAACUUUGGCAUCUGGCUGCGCUAUGACUCAUGCAAUGGCACCCACAACAUAUACCGGGAGUACCGGGACCUGACCACUGUGGGUGCCAUUACCCAGUGCUACCGAGAUAUGGGCACCCGACACCGUGCCUGGGCCCACUCAAUCCAGAUCAUGAAGGUGGAGGAGAUUGCAGCCAGCAAGUCCCACCGACCAGUUGUCAAGCAGUUCCACGACCCCAAGAUCAAGUGUCUCCUGCCCCACCAGGUCCUGCAUCUCCAGCACAAGCCACACUUCACCACCAAGAGGCCCAACACCUUCUUUUAG